AUGAUGGACAACAGAAGCUACCCUAACACACCAGACCAACUUCCUGUCUUCUCUGAAUCUGCCCACUUGCCACUGCCCAGGUCCUUCUAUCUGGACCCGAUGGUCACUGUGCACUUGUACCCUGAGGCCCCGGUGCCAUCUCCUUACCCGGAAGACCUGCCCUUGCUACCUUUUCCCAGUGACGCCCUGAUCAUGGAAAGUUAUGGCGAACCCUGUCCCUUCCCCUUCCCGGUGCCUUAUCCACAUUACAGGAGAUGUGAGUACGCCUACGGGCCAGGCUUUAUCCGGAAAAGGAAUGAGCGAGAAAGGCAGCGCGUCAAGUGUGUCAACGAAGGCUACGCCAGGCUCCGGCAUCACCUGCCCGAGGAGUAUUUGGAGAAACGGCUCAGCAAAGUGGAAACCCUGAGAGCUGCGAUUAAGUACAUCAACUACCUCCAGUCUCUGCUGUACCCCGACGAAGGCCACACCAAGAAGAGUCCUGGGACAGCCCCCCGCUGCCGCCCCACUGACCCUAUUUUUAGAAUCGUUUGA